UUGUGUUGCAGUCGAAACGUUGUGAGAAUUUUAUCGUUGUAUCUUUUUAUUAUUUUAUUGUUUCCCUUCUACAUGACUUUACCGAAAGAACCAAGAAUAUAAGUUCAGAAGUAGUUAUAUGAUGCAAUGCACGGGGAACCGUUUUCUAACGCCAGGAGGUGCAGCAAUCUCAAUCAUAUCGUAAUUUGCUGCUGAUUUCGCCAUGGAAAAGAGGACAGCAAAAAAGAUGCUCAGAAUGAAUUACACACGGUAUGCAUACAACUGUGAAGAUACAUAUUUUUUAAUACCAUUGUGAAAUGCAUAUACUGUGCAGUGGUUACAAAAUACAUAUAAAAUACCCAUAAAACACUAAAUUAUCUCGUGAAGGACACAGUCAAGAAAUCUGACGUUGAUAACAUUUCUGCAUAAAAUAAAAGUAGAUUGUACAAAACUAGCUCUCUUGAUUGCAUAUAAAACCACUUUUUGUCCUCUUGAUGUGGGCACAAAUAUGCUCAAACUUUGCACUGAUUAAGGUUUCGGCUGAAAUGAUCCGUAUUUAGAUGUCAUUUGUCUUGAAUGCACAAUCAUUCGUGCAUUUUUUUUUGUAUUUCUACGGGGAAAAAACGGACAUGUGCAUGACAUGCAUGCAGCAUUGUGUUUUACAAUAAAUGUGCAGAGAUGCAUGUUCUUACCGAAUCACUACGCUUCCCUUCCAAUGCCUCUUGUCCUUUUUAUUAUAUUUUUCCCAUAAUGCCUCAUAUAUUGUUUUUUUUUUCUCAUUUCUAUCUUGAGGUUCACUUUCCAGCCUCCUUCAUUGAAUUGCAGUAUUAUUUAUCGUCACCCAUUUCCAUUUGUUGUUAAAUGACUAUAUCAAUCAUUUAAUUUUAGAUGCUUAAUAUUUUCUCCAUUUAUUUUCAGGGCAAUGUUUCUCCAAUCCAAUUUUCUGAAAAAAAUGUUUUUAGGCUGCUGUGAAUAGCGCUAGCCACAAUCAUAAUCAAUAUUCAUCAGUCUAAUACAACAUAUGAUUGAUAGCAUGAAUAUAGUUGUAUCUAUGGCACCAUCUUUGCCAGUGUCAAGAUGAUGAAAAAAGAAUAGGCUUUACCCUUUCCAACAGUAACACAGGUGUUAAGAUGUUCAAACACCAAAUAGACACACCUAUUGCAAGGCAACAAGCUUGCAUUAGCCACACAUUAACCACACAUUAGCCACACAAUGACCACACAUGCUUAUGGUAGAACAUCAAAAUAAUAAUAAUAUGUUUUGAUUGGCCUAACACUGGUGAGACAUGGCCAUAAAUGAAGCUGUGUCUGGUCGUCAUGAAUCGAGUUACAUGCAGAGAAACCUUACGGAAGCAAAUUUUGCUCAUGUGGUCUCGUCGCACAACUCUGUGUGCAAAGAGCAGGGAACUGCUGGCACGGGAAUGACGCCACGCCCUCUGUCGUCACAUUUUUAGAACAAUCCGAAGGGGAAACUAAUUUCCGAUUUUCCGAAAUGUAAUAUCUAGGCUCGAUUGAAAGAUUUUUUUCGAUUAAUCUGAAACUCAAGAACUUCCCUAAUACAUAGUUUUAUAUAUGUGUCCUUCACAUGCUCGGCGACUUUACCGAAAUAACCAAAGAAUAUGAAUUCCUGCAGUCACGAAAGUUUUAAGUCAAAAUGUAUGCUCCAUCAAAUUAGUAAUUAUAAAAUGUGAUCCAGACAAUGGUAUGUAAAUAAUGAUGGCCUCUGAGGUGUAAAACGUAAGACGAGUUUGUGUUUUCAAACAGAGCCACCAGUGUGAAGCUCCAGGGCAUCAAAUCCAAGCAUCUUUAUUUUGACCAAGAAAGGCAAUAGAUUUGUUAGAUGUUAAAUAAUUACCUGCACUCAUGCCACUAUGAUUGUAUAAAAUGUAAAAAUUUAAAUGUGUAGAUAUACUGUGGCAUAUUAAAUGUUCCUAUCUAAAAGGUCCAGGUGACAUUAACAACAGAUACAUCACACUGAAAUUAUUUCUCCAGACAGACAUGUGGCACAAUGCUAAUUUAAGUAUGCUGAUUGUAAUUAUCUGAGGAAUAAUCACUUAAUUAAUACACUCACGAAUACACAAUAUCUAGCCACGUUAAUUACACAAAGCUGUUUGGCAGUUCAACAGUGACAUGUUUUAACGUAAGUGGUGAUAUAAUUGGGUUGGCUGAGACUGUAUGGAUGAAUGCAUACGUAAACAUAGUAUUAUAUACAUUUUAUUAAUUUACAUUCGGGCAGUGAUGAUACAUGGCUGUAAUUCGCCCCUAUGGAGGCAAGGGUUGGUGGAUCACACAAAUGUUGGGGAACUCGCUUCUCAUUGGGCGUCAAGAAGCCAUACCAUGGCUCACCAGGAGAAGGCGGUUACACGAAGUGUGGACGAAUAUCAUCUGUCCCAUCUGUAUGGGAUAGAGUGCUGCACCCUCAUCUGUGUGGGUUUUCUCCACGUGCUCCAGUUUCUUUCCACAUAUAUAUUCACAUUCACUAAUUGGCUGAAAACAUCUUUAUAUAAUAUAUGCAACGCUGGACCCUCCUAAAAUACUGCUUGGACUAAGUGUGACUGCCUGGGUAAUUAAGGAAUUCUUAUAAUUCUUUGGUCAGUGAUUACUACAAAGGCUCAUACGUCGUGCCAAUAAAACACCGUUACAUAUAGUGUGAGGCUUCUGAGAUGCUUGGGCUUUUUUUAAAAGUCACAAGGUGUCUCCUUUUGAAAGCAGAUUAUUGUAAUGAGAUAUUCACCGUAUGUUGGUUGAAUGACCCUUGCCCGAAUAGAUUUUGAGGCAACAACAGCCACUCAACCACAGUAGAGGAGUAAGCAAACUCGCCGCUAAACCUGCCUGCCUGAUUUUUUUGUGUGAAAUGCGGUAAACGAAUUGGCGUGAUCACGUGAUGCUUCACCGCUAUAUAUCACGGAGAGCAAGUGGGGUGUCCUGCCUUUACAAGGCUUGCGCAAUUGAUGGGAGCUCACGAAAUUCGAUAGCUCUUGUUGUUGUUGUUGACGCUCGGACAAGAUUUGGGGAGACGGUCGAAAGAUCUUUCCCCCCGUGGAUAUUUAAAAUCUUAGUAUCGUGGCGUGCUGCGUAUUCCUGAUGUCAGGUACAUGGUGAAUUGUUACUUUUAUAUUACGUGGUUUAAAUGCUUUGGCUAUAUUUUUUGUAAAAAUAUUUGUUAUGAAACUGCACUGUGGGUCUAUAAAAAUACGGUUUAUUGAGUGAAGGUUUAGUUGUUUUGAGUAGUUGCUAGAGCGCGCCUUGUUUGCUUUUAUGCAUAUAGUCAGCAUCAUUUUAUUGUUUAUGUUGUAAACAGUUUCAUAUGUCGACAGUAUUUUUAUGUGCAUAUAUACAAGAACCGUCUGCUUUACUUAAAUGUAAACUAAUAUGAAUUGUAUUUCCCCUGAGAUUGUAUUGAUCAAAUUCGAUUCAUAAACUGUGAUGUCAUGUAGAAUACACAUGCUUGCUAACAAGGAAUAAUUUGCCUAGUUAUGCAAAUCAUUUUCUCAACCAGUAAUGACACGAAUCUUAUUUACAGCAUGGAGCUGUCAGUGUUUGGUUGAAUCAAAAGGUAUAUUACCAUAUUUAUAAGUUAAACUUGGUUCAUCCCCAGAUUCAAAUUGGGGGAUUUUCCAAGCAUAAUUUAGUCAAAUAGCACACUGGUUAUAUGUUUCCAAAUGAGGACACAUGCUGUGUCUUGUUUCAUGCCAGAUUUUCCAGCCAACGAAGGAACAUUUUCUAAAAAAUGAUGCUGAUAAGAUGUAUUACAAUAAUCAAUAUUUCGCUUUCAUGAAAUAGUAGCAGAUAUUUAUUUAUUAAUAAUCAUCAAGGGCAUGCUGGCUGUAAAGUGUUCUCUUCAUUCCAUGAAAUUUGUACCCUUUUACCGACACUGAAGAUAUCAAUACUCUAAAUCUAGGUUCGACAAAAUUAGUUGUAGAUUGUACUUGCAUGCUAUAUAUGCGCCGUAAUGUACAAACCAGACAUGGAAAGGACGAUCUUUGAAGAAAUGUUAAACCGAAAUUGUUCAGAGCUUCAAAUAUUGACUCUUAGCCCUGACCCAAGUUACCGCAUGCUCUAUAAGGACCUCUGCAACUCAUCGGACGACAACGAAACGUCGAACUACAGUCUGCCAGUGGAGUUCUACAUGACCAGGGGUCAAGUCAUCACCGAGCUGCUGGGACCACGGACGUCGCCAUUCUUUGUUCCCGUCCUAGCCAUCUACCUGCUCAUCUUCGUGACGGGAGUCGUGGGAAACUUCUUGACGUGCAUCGUCAUCUCGCGUCACAGACUCAUGCGCACGCCCACAAACUUCUACCUCUUCAGCUUGGCCGUGUCGGACCUGCUUGUGCUCGUGCUGGGCAUGCCCCUGGAGUUGUACGAAAUGUGGGAGAACUACCCGUCACUGUUUGGCGAGGGCGGCUGCUACUUCAAGACGAUGCUCUUCGAGACCGUCUGCUUCGCCUCCGUCCUCAACGUGACGGCGCUGAGCGUCGAGCGCUACAUCGCCGUGGUCCACCCGCUCAAGGCCAGGUGGCUGGUCACCAGGACGCAUGCCAGGCGAGUGAUCGCGUGCCUCUGGGUCGCCUCCGUCUGCUGCUCCGUGCCCAACACGAGCCUGCACGGCAUCCACUACCUCCGGUCUCCCCUGGGCGAGCCCUAUGAGGAGUCCACCAUCUGCAUCGUCACGCAGCCGCGCUGGAUCUACAACGUCGUGGUGCAGCUCACCGCGCUGCUCUUCUUCCUCGUGCCCAUGGCCACCAUCAGCGUGCUCUACCUGCUCAUCGGCAGGCAGCUGCGCCGGGAGAAGAGCCUGGCUGUGCCCCACGAGUGCGAGGGACGCGGCACGUUCGGAAACCAGAGGAUUCGGACGAACAGGUCCAAGUGCCGGCAAGUCACGAAGAUGCUGUACGUCUUGGUGAUCGUGUUCGGCAUCUGCUGGGCGCCUUUCCACACCGACCGUCUGGUGUGGAGCUUCGUCCACCGGUGGACAGCGGACAGCCACGGCAUGUUCCAGUGCGUCCACCUCGUCUCGGGCGUCUUCUUCUACCUCAGCUCGGUGGUGAACCCCGUCAUCUACAACCUGCUGUCCACACGCUUCCGCGACAUGUUCAGGGAGGUGAUGUGUCGCCGGCGGGCCCCGCGCGAUCUGCGGCGCUUCGCUGCGCGAGACGGGCCCUGGGUCACGGGGGAGGCCGCACGGGGCCGCUCCGCCACCACCACCGCCGCCGCCACCACCGCCGCCGCCGCCGCCGCUGCAGCCUGCGUGGAGGUCGUGGGCAAGAUCGACGCGAAGCGCUUCAGCUGCAGCAGCGGCGGCACGCGGGAUGAAGCGGAGACGAGCUUGAAUUGAUUUUGUUCGCGCCCCGCCCCACCCAUAUCCCACCAACACCCAUUACCCCCGUCUCCUUCCCACCCACCUCCUCCUACCCAACACAAUUAAACAGGUGGAUUACACAUUCUGGUCUUUGAUCACGAAAAGGAUGCUAUGGGCCGUUGUCUGGAAAGAGAAUUACGUGCCUCUCUUUCGUAUCGAGCAAUGCGCGUUGCACGUGUUUGUGUGCACGCGU